GUAGCCGUAGUAGCACCUCGCCGUAGCGUAUCUUAAAGUCCCUAUUAUAGGAGGUAGUAGGGAGAGUAAACAUAUUCCUCAUGUAGAUAGGAUACUUAGUUAGAAAUAAACUUUUGGAGAGUAAAAUCAACAUAUUGUGUAUACGUAUGUUAUAUAGAGAAACACAGUUGACUUUGUCCAAUAACGUAUCAUAGAAUGAACCUAAGAUUCCAUUUAUUGAGAGCAUCUAGUUUCUCAGUAUUUCGCGCGCCGCAGAAAUGCCACACCGAUGAACAAUAAUGAAAGUGCGGUAGGAUAAAGGCCUUAUACAGUUUAACCAAAGUGGCUUUGGAGAUCACUUUUCUAAAUCUUAUCAUGACAUUUAACUGAUUAUUUACCUUUUUGCAAACCGAAGAAACGUGUUUAUCAAACUGAAGUUUGUUGUCAAUGCUUAUACCAAAUAUGUCGAUGGACUCUUUCACUGGAAAAGAGAAAGUAUGCUACGUAACAUCAAGUAUCGAGGCCUGAUGUUUAGUUUCGUUGACAAUCAUACCGUUGUCAUUGUACCAUUGAUUUGCUGUUUCAACUUCCUUACACAAGCAUUCUUCUAGUGCCACCGGAUCCCAGUCUAAGCAAUUAAUUUGAUGGUCGUCAGGUACGCGUUUAGCUUAGCUCUCUUUAUAUGAUAGAAAGGAUCGUUUAUAAAUAUAUUGAAAAGAAUGGGGCCUAAAACGCUACCCUGAGGCACCCCCGCUCAACAGUCUCCCAUGACGAGAAGGUGUCACCAAUCUUCACCCUCUGUUGUCUCUUUACAGGGCACAGCUGUCCUCGUCUAGUCCGUAGGGUUUGAGCUUGGCUAAUAACAGUGGGUGCUGUAUAACAUCAACGGCCUUUGAAAAAUCCAUUGACACUAUCCCCACGAGUUGCCCAUCAUCACCUCCACUCUUCUAUCAUUCUUAAUAACGACGUCUCACAGCUGUGGAACUGUUUAUACGAGCUUAUAAAAUCAGACAAAAUAAAACUAUAAAAGUCUUUUAGCUGUACGACUAAAAUCCUCUCAUAAAUAUUGUUGAUUCCUGGCAAAACUGUGACCGGCUUGUAGUUUGCCUUACUCAAUUCGUCAUCUUGUUUAAAUAGUGAAGUGACUUGUCCCAUUUUCCACGAGGCUGGAUACCUACAUCGACUGAUAGAGGAGUUAAUUAUAUUAGCCAUUGGCCUGGCAAUCACAGCCGCUGACUCUUUAAGUAGUCUCGGAGAAAUCGUGUCGUGGCCACAGGAUUUUUGGACAUUUAUAUCCAGAAGCAAUUUCUCUACCAGAACCUGGUUUAUGGGUUGAAAUUUGAAGUAACCUUGUGAGUUGUGUUCAUGAAUGGGAAGAAUACUCGGAUGAUUUGAAGGUUUUCAACAUCCGGUCGUCAACAUCCUCGAAAGCAUCACGAACAUUUAUACUUAGAUUCCAGUUGGAGUUUGUAUCCUUCGAAGAUCGUCAUCAAAGAACGAAUCAUUUAAUUUGGGUAGUGCACAAAAAGAAUGUUCUUAAUCCAGGUUAUGCCGGUGUGGAUAACAUUUAAAAGUUUGUUUGCUCAUACCAGCACAAUUCGCAUGAAACCAGCAAUCACAGUUGUAGCACAAAAUGGUGUCCUGGUUGCUUCGUACACUCCGUUAACAUUCUCUACAAGGAUACUUAAAUCCCAGGCCUAGGUGGACCUGGGUUUGGAUGAAUAUCCCCAGACAGUCUGAUCAGUUGAAAUGAUCGAGCACCAUCCACAUCAUUGGGCAGUCGACCUUGCAGAAACGUUCGUCUCCCACUCAUGCAGCUGAAAUCGUAAGCAUACAAAAGACAAGAAGGAGGGAAGGGAAUUUGUAUCGCUGUUAUAGUAUCCUUCCCAUAUGACGCCUACAUAUCUAGCCUGCGAGCAGGUUCACGUUGGAGCAAGAGCGCGCGGCAUAGCCGCGAGAGCGAAAUCGAGCUGCGAAGCCGCGAAACGAGAAACUUUCUUGGCACCUCUUCACCAGACUCCUUCCCGCCGGAUCGCUUUGCUCUUCGCCGCUAGCGCGCGUGACUCAAAGGUGUAGUACAUAUCAAGCAUGGUUACAAUCUGUUGUUCUGUGACUAAAAAGGAACCCAGAGGGAAGAAAAAAAGAGGCAAUAACGGUAAAUCGAGGAGAGCGGAGAGAGCACGUGCUGCCGCCAUCUUGCCUUGCAUAAUCACCAAGUUAUCUCCCUCAUCAACGCUCAGUUGUACGCUUUGUCCCGUUGGAUAAGCACUAGGAAAUAUCUCAUUUCAUUUUGCUUUCCCUGUUUCCUUUGACGCGACAUUUUCAAAACAAGCUAACUAAAGAAGAAGUGUCCUCACGAGAAAAAUUUGCCUACACUUUGAAUUCCUUUCUAAAGCCAGUUCAAUCAAUGAAUUUGCAAUUCAUUGUUGACUACUCCCCUGUUGUACUUUAAAAUAAACAAACCUGCUUAUUCUACCAAGCAAAAAUUAAGAGGCGAAAUGAAAAACACACAUAGGGGAAACAAAUGAAAGAGGAAAGGCGUGAUCAUUUUGCUUUCUUGAUCUCCUCCAUCCGGUAACUACUGACGCAUAGGGGUUUACUGCGCUCUGAAUUCGUCUGGUAACAACCAAACAAUCUUAGAGUGGUGAAAGCAAGUUCGCAGUUGUGCAGUGGUAUAAAAUAGCUUUGGGCGUUGACAGUUACAGUAAAUGUGAAUGCUUUCGUUAAACGCAUUGCCAACGACUUUGGAAAGUCUUUUUGUGGUUACUUUGGAUUCACGUUCGGCUGAGGUCUAUAAUUGCUGUUUAAGACUCCAGCAACGGUCAGUAACCAAUCAGAAAGUAGGUGUUGUGUCCUUAGCCAAUCAGUGGCACGGCCAACCCAGGCAUAUCGUUAGGCUAUCAGCACCGUGCCCCUUGAAACACGAACACCUGUUCAUGUUAGACACCUUUACUAUCGGGUUGCCUAGUGUUGCAUGCAUAAUUUAUACAGUUUAAAUUUUUCGCAGCGGGUAAAUUACAUGCGUUAUCACAAGAGCUCGUCGCCUAAAAUUGUGUUUCAGAAGUCAUAGUUUUGUAUCAUGCGUUUCGAGAUCGGCAGCAUGACUAAGUCAAUCUUGGCUGUAGUUCUGAUGAUGGGGUGCAGUGGAUUCAUCCUCAGAUGCAUUUUAGCAGACGAUAGUCGCUGCAACGUAUCUGUCUACAAAACAACUCAAGACCUGGUUUACUGUGUGAAAAAUGGCAUCCAUUAUGACAAGACGCGGCGCCCAAAAACCAUCUUCCCAAGAGAUGACCCUGUGUUUGUUAAUGUCUCUAUCGAAAUUGCGUCACUUCAGGUUGAUACUAGCGACAUGGACUUUUCCAUAGAGUUCUUCUUCAGACAGAGAUGGCAUGACCCUAAUCUGGCAUAUGCUGAGCAACAAGCAGGGGGAAAGAAGUUUAUUGUCUUCAAGGUUGAUUUAGUGAAAGACUUGUGGACUCCGGACACGUAUAUUUACGGCAUUAAGUCUAUACAGACGGUACAGACUGAUAGUGCAGUCCCUGCAAGUGAGGGUUUACGUAUAUCGCCCAACGGAGAUGUGCUUUUUAGCACCAGACUCAGCAUGACACUGUCUUGCUCUAUGACCUUUCAUGAUUUUCCCAUGGACAAACAGACCUGCUUUUUGAACAUCACUAGUUUUUUCUACACAGACGAGGACCUUCAUUACGAAUGGGGUGAGUUGACAGUAUUGGACGAAAAUAUCGCCCAUUUUGUGCUCAUGUCAUACGAGAAGUCGGUGACAGCACAAGAGUUUACAUCAGGUAAAUACGGACGGCUUACAAUAACGUUCGAAUUCAAUCGACGAAUCAACUUCUACCUUCUAAGUUGGUACCUGCCUGCUACACUGAUCGUAGCAUUGUCGUGGGUAGGUUUUUGGAUCGAUACCAAGGCGACACCAGCUCGAAUAUCGCUCGGAACAAUCACGAUCUUGGCAUCAGGCAGCUUUCUAAUUGGGGAACAGGAUGGCUUUCCUAGCGUGUCCUACAUACGGGCAAUUGAUAUCUACCUGAUCACGUGUUUUGUGUUUGUCUUCAGCUGCAUGGUUGAGUACGCUAUUGUCCAUUACGCAAAGAGAUUGAUGGAGAAUAGGGAACACCACAAGAAAAACGACACAGAGGCAGUAAAGGAGUCCAUCCCUUCCAAUUCUCGUCCCAAGGCCAAAACAGUAGCAAAUGGUGUGGUUAACGCGGGAUUCAUGGAUGUACUAACCACAGGGAAUUCUCAAGACUUUCUACAGUGGACCAACUUCCUGCCAACUACUGACACUGUGCACAACACAGCAGCAGAAGUAAAUAAAAAGCAGUCGUUCUUCAGAUCUCACAAACCCCGAUUCAGAGAGCGAUUUGUGGUUUGCUGGGCAACAAAACUGGACGAGUUAUGCCGCUUGACAUUUCCACUGACUUUCUUGGUGUUGAGUAUCGCGUAUUGGGCCGUAUUUCUUUCUCGCUGAAUAAGUCAGUGUUGCUUUCCAGUGAAAAAUGAACUUCAAUGCAGAAGCUUUGCUCAAGCGUACAACCUUGUACUGAGCGGAUCGUCAAACUUGAAGCAUCUUCAGUCGACUUAGGCCCCGUGAGCACUACGCUGAAGGAAUUUGAAAACGGAGGUCUCACUCAAGAAGAGCAUCAAAUGUUUUCCGUCCACACUGCGCUGGAGGAAUUUAAAAACGCAACAAUUACCGGUCAUUUUGGAUUUGUGUUUGAGGGAAACCUCGUCAGGGAAAUCGCAAGAUUAUCUUUACGUCAUUGUUUUCGAAAAGUUCCGUUUUUAAAAUAUUUUCCGUCCACACGAAAACGAAAAGCCAUUGUUUUCAAAUUUCUCCACUUUGAGGAGCGUUUUCGAUUUCGCGACGAAUUAGUAUGGACGGUGGGCCUAACCAUAGAAAUAAAGCUGCGUUUUUAAAUUUCUCCGGCGUAGCGUGGACGCUGCGUUAAGCGCGCAGAAAUUCCAAAUAAACUACCGUUUUUCAAAACAUUUUCCCGAUAUCAAAAGUUUAUGUUGUCAUUUAUGUGCAUUUGUUUCGAGUUCGUGUUUCCUGUUUGGAUGAAAACCACUCCAAUGAAAACCUUUUUGUUUUAUUCCAACUGUUAAGGUCGUUUGCAUUAUUUGUUACAAACAUUCACAAGAACUGCACAAAAUAUACCUACAGGCGAAAAUGGAGCGAUUAAGAAUAACAAAUUAAUCGUCACAUUAGUGUUCCUAGAAAACCAGCGCCUCUUUUAAUUAAUCAUCAAGAAGGAAUAAAUAAAAGAAUUAAACUUUGUAGCCAACUCAUUCUAUCUCAUUAAUUUGUACUCUUUGAUGUUCAAAAUGGCAGCCCAAACAACAAAAAGAUUUUCUACUUUAUAAAACGACUGUGAAAGAUCCCAAGGGUCUGUUUGAUUUUGGGGAACCCUUUCCUUGCCAUCUUGAAAGACUAAGCUUCUAUACUGAUUGCCAUUUAUUUCUUCAAAUGUUUGUGGCGAGAAUUUGCUAGUACAUCACGACGUUAGACUUCUUCUAUAUUUUCAUCACGUCAUCAUGUUGACUGUGCGCAGCCUGAUUAGAUAUUGAUGGGCAGUCAGUGUUUUCUUCAGAUGGAGAGGGAAAAGGAU